UUAGUGGAGAACUUAAAAAUCGACACAAUCAACCGGAAGAGGCAUUUGACACUAAUGUGGAGGGACGCGUACUAGGAAAGAAGUGCGGCCAGUUAUAUCACCUGUUGCCUACUUUAAAACGUGCCUGUUAAAACCUCGAUGGCAGCCGUGAAGCUUAUCCCGGGUUUAGAAUCAAUAAUAUGGUCCCCUGGAGAUGUAACAGAUUGGACUUGAGGUGAGCCAGUUUGCUCACUUGGACCGGCCUUGAAAUGGAAUCAGACUUGGACAGGAGGUUCAAAGCAAAGUGUUUUGUGGCUUACAGCUGGAUGAGGUAAUUGUGCAGGUGGGGGAUGAACGCGAAGCCGUUGGCAGUUGGUGGAGUUUAAAGUUGAGUUGGUCUGGCAGGUUUGAUAUCCUAAUGGUUGGUGAGAAGGGUGUAUUAACUGUAUUAAGUUCAGAUUAUUAUGUUUUGUGGGGGGUUUCGAGGGCUGAUUAGACACUUGGUAUAAGUUCAGUUUUAGGGUUAUGAUUUGAAUAGUUAGAUUAUAUAUUAAUUACCAUAUAGUUGGCUGAAGAACUCAUAAUGUUCCUGUACUGGAAGAAGCGUGGAGUGUAUGAGCUGGAGGCGCUGCCACCCUCUCUCACUCAGGUGGGAAUAGAGCGCUACUCCUGGUCCUCAUCGCUGGACGCCAUCCAUGAUCUGUGUGAUGAGAAGCCCGUCCAGGAGGAGGACUGGGUGGGUUGCCAGCAUCCUCAGUGUCCGGACCGCCGGAGGGCCACUAAGGUUUGCCACCACCCAGACUGCCAAGACCUGAAUAACAAAAGCCCCCUCCACCUGUGCGAGUCAUGUGACUCGCGCAGCCACUCGGAGAACACAGACAACAUGCACUUUGACCGGCACCCCCGAUUUGACUUACAACCUCAAGCCUCCAUCCUGGCUCGGAACGUGUCCACGCGCUCCUGUCCCCCGCGCACCAGCCCCCCCUCCGACCUGGAGGAAGAGGAUGAGGGGAGCAACGACCGCGGGGAGCAUAAAACAGGGGGGAUGAAGUUGGUGAAAAAGAAGCCGCGAAGACGACACACUGAUGACCCCAGCAAGGAGUGCUUCAGCCUUAAGUUUGAUCUCAGCGUGGACAUAAACACCGAAAUCGUACCUGCGAUGAAAAAGAAAACCUUGAGAGAGGUCCUGGGUCCGGUGUUUGAGAGGAACGGCAUUGAGCUGUCCCGGGUCGACCUGUUCCUGGACCAGUCCAACACGCCGCUGUCGCUCAACUUCGAGGCCUAUCGUUUCGGAGGACACUACCUGAAAGUCAAGGCGCGGCUAGGCGAUGAGCUGAAGGUGGAGCAGGGUGUGAAGGACUUGCGGUCGCUCAGUCUGCCCAACAUGAAGCCCUCCGGCGGGCAGAGCCCCUACAUCCUCACGCCAGGCAGCGAGAGGGUGGAGCACGGAUCUCUGGGACGCAAAGAAAGCGUGGACCUGCUGGGUCAGGCUCGACGGAGGAAGAACAUGACCGAGUUCCUGGGAGAGACGAACAUUCCGACCCCGGACUCUCUGGGACAGAUCGGGGGCUCUCUGCCCGGCAUCGGGGGCGGCCCUGACAGCUGGAAGAACCGCGCCGCCAGUCGCUUCAGUGGCUUCUUCAGCUCCAACACCGGAGCGGGGCCCUUUGGCAAGGAGGCGGACCGUCUGGAGCAGCUCCAGAGCAAGCUCCACUCCUACACGCUGUUCGGGCUGCCCAAGGUGCCGCGGCAGCUCUCCUUCCACCACGACUCGUGGGAGGAGGAGGAGGAGGAGACCGACCUGGCCCUGGAGGACAGUUGGCAGAAGCUGCUGGACAACCCAGAGGCGUUGACAAGGCGACAGUUCCACCAGCAGGAAGCGAUAUGGGAGCUGCUGCAGACGGAGGCGACCUACAUAAAGAAACUCCGAGUCAUCACCGAUCUGUUCCUGUGUGGGCUGCUGAACCUGCAGGAGAGCGGUCUGCUGACGGAGGUGGAGCCCGCCAAGCUGUUCAGUAACAUCCAGGAGAUAGUCCGCCUCCACACAGCCCUGUGGAACCAGGUGAUGCUGCCCGUCUUGGAGAAGGCCAGGCGGGGCCGCACGCUGCUCGACCCCACGGACCUUUACCACGGCUUCCGGACGUUUGGCUCCAGGUUCCAGCCCUACAUCCUUUACUGCAUGGAGGAGGAGGGCUUGAUGGAGAACAUGCGCACGCUUCUCAGGGACAAUGAGCUCUUCAGGACCUACGUCACGUGGGCAGAGACCCAUAAGCAGUGUAACCGUCUAAAACUGCCCGACAUGUUGGCGAAGCCUCACCAGAGACUCACCAAAUAUCCGCUCCUACUGAAGAGCGUUCUCAAGAAGACGGACGAGCCGUCGGCCCGCGACAUUGUCAGCAGCAUGGUGGCCGCGGUAGAGGGCUUCAUCAACAGCGUGGAGUCCCGCAUGCGCCAGCGUCAGGAACGACAGAAGCUCGCCACCAUUUCUGCCCGCAUCGACUCCUACGAGGCUGUGGAGGGCAGCAGUGAAGAAGUGGAGAAGAUCCUCAAGGAGUACAACUGCUUCGACCUCAUGGCUCCCAUGAGAGGCAUCUCCUCGGAGGAGACUCGACAGCUGCAUCUUGAGGGAGCGCUGAGGAUGAAAGAGGGCAAAGACAGUAGGAUGGACGUCUACUGUGUCCUGUUCACCGACCUGCUGCUGAUUACCAAGCCGGUGAAACGAGUGGAGAAAGUCAAAAUCAUCCGCCAGCCUCUCCUCAUCCACAAUGUCGUCUGUAAGGAGCUCAAAGACCCUGGCUCCUUCAUCCUCAUCUACCUCAAUGAGUUCAAGAGUGCAGUGGCAGCCUACACUUUCCAAGCCAACAGCGCCACCCAGGGGCGGAGCUGGGUCGAUGCAAUCUGCAAUGUCCAGAACCAGCACCAGAGGCUUUGCACUGAGGAGGUCCUCCGCCAGCAGAACAGUCCGAAGACAUGCACGCCGGGCGAGGAAGACGAGCUGGAGGAAGAAGAGAGCAGCAACUCCACCACAAGUUCCCCAGUCCUGAGGCACAAAGACCAGCAGAACUCAAGCCAAUCGGAUGGUUCCACUGAGACCCUGUCGGUGAUGGACAUCGAUGAACCGGGCCAACACCAGCGUCCCUCCCCCAACAUGAACCUCAAGAGGACCGGUAAGAUCGACUCGGAUGUGGCUCCGUUGUCUGAGAGGGGUGAGGUCCAGCAGCCUCAGCCCACGAGCCCCCACAGAGUUCACUCCGGUCUCUACCCUGAGCACGAUCGGGAGGCGGGGCCCGAGGGCGAGGAGAUGGACCCCCAGUGCCGCUCUCUUUCCAUGGACAGUGCCUACGGUACCCUCUCCCCUGAGUCCCUACUGAGAGAACUCCAACCUCAGCCGGCCAGCGAGGAGGGAGAGGGAGACGGUGAGACCGAGGACGCGGAGCAGGAAGAGACAGAAAUAGCGGAGGAGGAAGAGGAAGAGGAGGAUGCUGCCUCACUGGGGUCCCAGCUGUCGGUAGUCCAGUGCUCCAAACCCCGCCGGCGGCCUCAUGUUCAGCCGCGACUCCGCUGCCUCCAGGAUCAGUCCACUCUGGUCUUGUCCCGCUCCGAGGACAAUCUGUUGCAGCGCCUCUACGCUAAAAGCACCGUCUCCCACACGCACUCCAUCCGAUCUGAGGCGCCGGACCGAUCGCAGCGUAGGGACGUGAAGACAUCGCCGCUGGCACAUAGUCAGAGCCUGACUGAGUUGGACCAGAACUGCAUGGAGCUGUUCUCCGGUGACCUGGACCAGGCUGACGACUGCUUGAGCAUGAGCAUGCCCUCCGACAAACUGUGUGCCACCCUGAGGAGGGCGGAGGCCAUGCACGAGCACACGGCGCCCGUGGGACCACACGGGGGGGGCGGUCAGUCCCAAAGCAACGGCUCAGGCGGGAAAGUGGCUCCGUCUGCCUGCGUAGAAAGGAAAAAUAAUACGACAGCCGGUGAUUUGGGGGAAAUGUCACCCAAAAAGAGUAAAUCCCCAGCCCAGCAGCACAAGAAGCUGACGCUAGCUCAGCUGUACCGGAUACGCACCACUCUGGUCCUCAACUCCACACUCACUGCAUCGUAA